AUGUCUACCACUGGAAAUACGGAUGGUACUAGCACGAGUACCGUUGUCCGUACGUCCGUGACGCAGACCAGGCAGGAUGUGGCCGGAGAAGAAGCGGAUUCUACCGGAUUGCCCCGCCUGGCGAAGUUCGAUCCAGAGGUCAUCAAACUGGAGACCUGGCGGAUCCAGUUUGACAGUCACCUGUCCUCCCAUGGGAUGGCUACGGACAGGAAGAAGCCGCUGCUCCUGGGAUCGUUGGCUCCGAAGGCAAUGGAGAUGCUAGCCUCCAUGUGCCGUCCGAAGGAUCCUGGCGCGUUCACCUUCGACGAGCUCAUUAAGCAGCAGGCAGGUCAGACGUUGUUAGAUUUCAGCAAUAGCCUCAGGAAUCAAGCAGUUAAAUGCGAUUUUCCAGAUACAUUUGUUGACGACCAGCUGUGCGCUGCGUUCAUGUCAGGUGUAGCGAGUGAGACGACGCGUAGAUACCUGUACUCAUUGCCAGUCUCCUCAGUGGAGAAGUUCGAUACGCUGUACGAAGAAGCAGAUAAGUAUGAGCAGAGUCGUGCAGAUGCGAAGCAGUCAGGUUCAAAGUCGCAGUCGCCAGAUGUAGCCGCUAUAAAACGCGGAGGUUUUCAUGGGCGUGGCCGAGGUCGUUUUAGAGGUCGCGGUGGUAACAACAAUGUUGGUCGUAAGUCAGCAUGUUUUGGCUGUGGCUCUACCAGUCAUAUGAAGCCAGAUUGUCCGCACAAGAAUGCAAAGUGCUAUAACUGUGGAAAGACAGGGCAUACUGCCAAGGUGUGCAAGGCACCGAAGAAGGAAGGCAGAGAUCAGAGAAGGACUAAUUAUGUCAGAACUCAGGAGUACGAUGUACUGAGGACAGGUCCAGUGACGCCCACGUCGAUAUUUGUACCGUUAACGAUGAACGGUAAGAACGUGCCAAUGGAGUUAGACACAGGAUCGUCAGUGACAAUCAUGAGUAAGCUGACAUGGCGCAGGGUUGGAGCGCCGAAGUUGAGAAAAGCAGAUGAAGUACUGCACAGUUUUACUGGUCAUCAGAUACCGCUGAUGGGUACUGUCGAGGUACAGGUACAGCAUAGAGGCGUAAUGAAAACGCUGAAAGCGCUAGUGACAGAGCGUGGUUGUAGCAUUAUUGGCCGUGAUUGGAUAUCUCAGUUAGAGCUUAGUGCAUUGAGUUUGAAGCAGUUGCAACAAGGUAACGUCUGCACAGUAACUGAGAAGCUGAAGUUGGCGCAUGUGCUACAGAAGCAUAAGGCUGUAUUCCGAGAUGAGCUCGGGUGUUGCAAGAAUUUUAAGGCGCAUCUGUAUCUCAAGGAGAAUGCGAGGCCAGUGUUUUGUAAAGCCAGACCCGUGCCGUUUGCUUUGAAGGAAGAAGUUGAAGAAGAUAUUGACCGGUUAGUCAGUAUAGGUGUCCUAACACCCGUUGAUCAUGCCGAGUGGGCAGCGCCGACGGUUUACAUAAAGAAACCGAAGAAAAAUUUCAGGAUAUGUUCUGAUUUGAGCACUGGUCUGAAUGAUGCACUUGACGUGCACAAGUAUCCGCUACCGCACCCAGAUGAGCUUUUUGCCAAAUUAAAUGGCGGUGUAGUGUUUUGCAAGAUUGAUUUGAGAGAAGCUUAUAAUCAGAUCCCAGUUGACGAUGAGAGUUCGAAGCUGCUCGUUAUUAAUACCCAUAAGGGUUUGUUUAAAUACAACCGACUGCCGUUCGGUGUGGCCAGUGCGCCUAGUAUAUUUCAGCAGCUCAUUGAAAGUAUCUUGCAAGGGUGUGAGAGAAAGAAAGAAUUCUUGUCGCUAAAAGAUGAUUUGACGAAAGCUACUCAGUUAGUGCAUUUCAACCCUGAAUUGCCGCUAGUGUUGGCAGCUGAUGCAUCGAAGUAUGGUAUAGGUGCAGUGUUGAGCCACAGGAUGCCUGACGGUAGUGAUAAGCCGAUAGCGCACAUAUCGAAGACGCUGACAUCAGCUGAGCAGAAUUACGGUCAAAUUGAGAAGGAGGCACUCGGUUUAGUCUUUGGUGUAAAACGGUUUCACCAGUAUCUGUACGGUCGAGAGUUCGUCUUGUUAACUGACCAUAAGCCGCUGGUUACGGUGUUCGGAAGCAAGAAAGGUGUGCCAGUAGUUACUGCAAACAGGUUGCAGCAGUGGGCCAUUGUGCUCAUGGGUUACACGUUCCGAAUCGAGUACCGUAGAACGUCAGAUUUUGGUCAGGCAGAUGGUCUCAGUAGACUGCCGAUUAAGUCAUCAGAUUUGUUUGACGAAGAAGAUUUGGGCAAGACAGAAGUGGUCAAUUUGAUAGAAAGUGAAAUUCUAUCCAGUAUGCCAGUAUCAGCUGAAGUGAUUCGUGCAGCGAGUGCGAAAGACAAAGCGUUUGAGGUCAAGAAAGCCGAUACCAGUAACGUGAUUUUCAUCAUGGAAAGUCUGUUUGCGCGAUAUGGACUGUGUACUGAUAUCGUCAGUGAUAAUGGACGUCAGUUUACGUCGGAACAGUUUCAGCAGUUUUGUACUGAAAGAGGGAUUAAGCAUAUGACUAUAGCCCCGGGACACCCGCAGUCCAAUGGGCAAGCCGAGCGCUACGUUGGUGUAGUGAAGAAGGGCAUAGAAAAAGGCAUGCAGUCCGGGAAAACGUUUGCCGAUGCGUUACGGGAGUUCCUUAGUCGUUUUCGUCCAGACCGUGGACCGCCACCCCCAGUGAAGGCGGAAGUCAUGGUUCCCACGGCCGAAACGAAGCCUCCGAAGAAGCCAUCGGAGAAGGCUGCUGCAAAGCCACCGAAAGUUCCGAAGGCCCCGAUUCCGGAAGCAGAACUCCGCCGAAGCGAUCGGACAAGGAAGAUGCCGGAUUACCUCCUCAAAGACUACGUGACGAAAAAGAUUUUCGUAGAAUUUCCGCCGAUUUAA